AUUGUUACAUUUAGAAGUUAUUAUUUGUUAUUAAGAGUUUUUUUUAUUGAAUUUCUACUAUAAGAACAUGACAUAAGUCAGAAAGUUGAUGGAAAUAUGCUUCCGUCAGACAUUUGUCGAACCUGUGCACUGAAUAACGUUUGUUUGCUACCCUUAUCCACUUGCUUGGAGAGAGACGCUUCCAAAAGUUUCUACGAUGUGCUCCAGGAGCUUACGCAAAUUGAUACCCGGCUAGAGAGCUCGAACGAAAAUCUGCCGCAGCAUCUGUGCACUGAUUGUUGGACAAGGUUAGACAAUGCCUAUGCCUUUGUGGAGCAGGCCAAACGAGUCAAUGGGGAGCUGCUGGCGCGGCUAAGAGAGUGUCUGGAUGAAAUGCCCAUCGACAUCCCACCGGAGCAGAACAUAAAAACUGAAGUUGACCUCGAUGAUGAGGCUAAUAAGUCCGAGGAGGAUGUGGACAGCACUGGAAUGGCAAAACUGGAGCUCAAAUGGCAGCCAGAAAGUGACAGCGAUGAGGAAUUCGUUGAUGCAGCAUUAAGUGAUAAAGAAGAGGUGGAUAAGAAGCCUUACCAUCUGCGACGGAGUUCUCGAAAAGACAAGCAGGCGCCAUUAGAAAGCGAGGAUGAAGAUGUUAAGCCAUCUGAAUCUUCGCCCAUAAAACGGCGUCGAGGACGUCCCCCUGGUCGAGCUAAAAGCCAGUCGAUGACCAGCGAUGGCCGUCACGCCUGUGAGGUCUGCGAUAAGACCUUCUCCUGGUACCGUGACAUGCAGCGUCACGCUAGGAUUCACUUUGAGAAAGCCUCAUACGUGUGUGAUACCUGUGGCAAGGGAUUCUUGCGUAAGGACAAAUACAUGUUCCACCUCCGCUGUCACAAAAAACGCGAGGCCAAAUGGAAGGCUCUCCAGGUCGGAAAACAAUGGCGAUUUGCUGAGCGCCUUUAUAGCUCCGGAAGAUUAAAGAAAAUAGAAUGUAAGUUGUGUGGAUUAAGUUGUCAGCGAAUGGAGGAGCUUAGAAUUCAUAUAAAUACUCAUGUGAACGUGGAGAGUUUGGCCGACUUGAGAAAAGAUAGCGAUGUGGUCAGAGAGCAUUUUGCUGGAUUGUCUUGCGACUUAGACACUAUCAAGCAAAAGAUAUGCUCUGACGUAGCCGAAGGACUUUCCGAGAAGUUUGCUUGCAUUGUAAAUUUUUACGGCUAUGAGAUGGGUUUGAAUGAUUCAGAUGAAGAGAGUGCUAGCGAGGAGUCGAAGUACAAUUGCUUUGUGUGCAAUCUAUCGUUCACUCGCAAGCACCGCCUGGUAAAACAUACUUUGGAUGAGCACUCCCAAUCUUCUUCAACGCUUCCCUGGCAAAGCUGCGGUUCCUGUAAGGUUGGUUUCCUAUGCUUAACACUCUACAAUCAACAUUUGAACACCCAUUGCCACAGUCAAAUAAGACGAUAUCGCUGCCGGAAAUGUCCCGGGAAGUUUAUGUGGCCAGAAAACCUGCAAAACCAUGCAUGCUCCCAUCGGCGAGCGGAGAAGAAAAUAUUGUGCACGUUGUGUGAUGCUGUGCAAACUAGUUUAGCGCAACUUCGGGUUCACCUAAUCACACACCAAAAUGAUUUGAAUGGAAUUAGUUUGGAUUACAAUUCCACCUUCUUUCGAUCGUUUUACCCUGAUGGACUUGACUGCUCUACAUCGGAUCUUGCUGCUCGUAUAUCUGAGGAUUUCAAUGUCCAGGACUUUGAUCGAUAUUACAAUGCCAGUACGGAGAGUGGACGAGAGCUGGAUUUGUUCGAUUCCGAAACAGAUGAAAGCGAUGAGGAGACUAGGAUAUACAGUUGUCUUUUGUGUGGGGAAAAUACUAGUACUCUGGCGAGUCUUUUGCAGCACCAAAAGAACAUACAUUCAGAUAGGGCAGCUAAUCUGCCCUGUCCCUGCGAUGAUUGUGGUUCUGGAUUCGUCAGCAAAGAUCUUCUGGAGCAACACCGUAGGCAAAGAUGCGCCAAAACACACUUCCGCUUUCAAUGCCAUAUUUGCAAUAUUCGAUUCGUGUGGCAAUCCAAUUAUGAAUUGCAUCUGAAGACUCACCAUAGCAAAAAACACGAUGAAGAAGAACUUACAACAAGGUUGCAAUGCGACGAAUGUGAAAAGGUCUUCAUCUGGCACAAAGAUCUCAACCGACACAAGCGACUGCACCAGCCUCAGUCUGCAGCGCCGUUCGACUGCCCUCAUUGCCAUCGCAGGUUCCAUCGCAAGGACGGUCUCAAAUCCCACCUUAAAGUGCAUGCAGGAGAACCCGAUCAUAUAAAAGAGCUGCCUUUCAUACCCAACGUUGUUAAUGGAAUAACCCUUAGCCGACUUAGUCGUCCCCAUGGCUGCAAGCUUAUUAGGUGCAUGAUCUGCCUCUCAACCCACUCAAAAAUAAGUAAUCUAAGAACUCACAUGCGUUCUCAUCAAUAUGAAUUAAGUUUUUCCGAAGAGAGAGAUAUUUCUAGUGCCUCAAAGGCUUUUUACCCGGAACUCGAAAAUGUCUUAGGAAGAGAUGAACUCGCCGGAAGGAUUAUGGGUGAUGUGCAGCAACAAUUGGAUUUGGAUCGAUUUGUGUCUAUCACAAACGAGGCUGGUCUAGAGCUGAAUCUCGAUAGCAGUGAAACUGAAACUGAAUCCGAGCAAAAAGAAGAUCAAUCAUUCCAGGGCUACGCUUGCAAUCUUUGUGAUGUGGUUUCGAUGAGAAAGCAUCAGUUGUAUGCCCACCAGCUAGCGGAGCACAAGUGGGAUGAGGCAUUCCUUGUAUGCUCUCACUGCCAGGCCCGGUUUGUUAACGUAUCUUUGCAAGACCAUCACUCAAGAACCGUCUGUUACAAUCCGCAGAAAGUCUUUCAGUGUCGCAAAUGUCCACUUCGGUUCCGCUGGCGGGAGAACCUGCAGCUCCACAUAAACCUUUUCCAUCAGCAAGUUGAGAUUCCAGUCCCAGAAGAUUUCCCUCAAGCGGAUAGUGAUCUGCAGUGCGAUAAGUGCCAACGCACCUUUAAGAUGCAAAAGGAUCUCACGCGUCAUACACUGAUGCACGGCCAAGAAUCGAAUAUUUUCCGGUGCCGUUGGUGUGCUCGUCGUUUUUAUCGCAAGCCCAAUCUCCUACAGCAUAUCGCUCGCCAUGGGAUAAGUGUUAGCCAAUUGCCUUAUGCAGAGGCAAUUCUAGACUCAUAUGUGAAUCCCGCUGGUCAAAAGAAGAUAGAGUGCAAAGUGUGCUGUGUGAGCUUUCCCACCAUUGCGGCACUGCGUCUGCAUUUGGAAACAAUGCCCACAGGCAGUCACCACGACUUGUCAUCUCUUCAAAACUACUCGAUUACCAACCAAAUGGGAUACGAGAUGGAAUUGGAUGAUUCGGAGACGGAUGAUAAUGACUCUAGGACACAUUCAAAACCACCUGGGGCCACGGAGUUUUACACCUGUGGAAUGUGCCAACUAAAGUGUUCGCGAAAAUUCGAGCUUUAUCAACACCAGCAAGCCAUGCAUCGGAUGGAGAAGAUCCCCGACGGUUGUGAUAGGUGCAUCUUUAAAAGUGUCUGCCCGGAAAUAAUUUCUCAUCAUAAGAAAACUCAAUGUGAAAAUCGCGAAAAGCAGUUUAAAUGCACCCGCUGUGGCUACAAGUUCAUGUGGGAGUCUAACCUAUUGCAUCACAUGCAGAUGCAUCAUGAAAAGCCAGAGGAUCAACAGCUUGAUGAAUCAAAGGAGGCGACAGGUAAUGAUCCAAAAGCCGAUUGUCAGGUCUUUCAGUGUGGACUUUGUACAAGGAAAUAUAACCGCAAGGAUCGGCUCACAGCACACUUGAAGAAGUUUCAUGGACCUGAUGGCAAAGGCUCAAAUGAAGUUAGAACCUCGAAUAGACCCACAUCUCCUAAGGAACCAAAACGGUUCCUGUGUGCCUUUUGUGGCAAGGCGGUCAGCUCAUCCUCCAAUCUGAUCAUACACAUGCGCCGGCAUACCGGAGAGAAGCCUUUCAAGUGCGAUUACUGCACAAUGGCCUUCCCGCGUUCCUCUGACCUCCAGUGCCAUCGAAGGACGCAUACCGGAGAACGUCCUCAUGUUUGCACUGUCUGUCAGAAAGGAUUCGCCCGCUCGUACAAACUGCAGCAGCACAUGAGGAUCCAUAGCGGAGAACGGCCUUACAAGUGCACCUACUGCGAGAAGAGUUUCACGCAAUCCAACGAUCUAACACUUCAUAUCCGUCGGCACACAGGCGAACGGCCCUACCAGUGCGGCGUCUGCGGAGAACGAUUUAUCCAAGGCACCGCCCUGAAGAAUCAUCGCAUGCAGCAGAGCCACUACGAGGAGGGACAGGAAUCAGGAGAGCCCCCAAGACGCACGGUUGUGGAGCAGUUUAAUAUAUAAAAUAAGGAAUAAAAAAGUAUAUAAGUUGUAAAGAUGAUUUUUAAUGGAUUCGUUAUUUUAGUAAGUAGGUUUAAUUUGGAUUUGGAUUAGAUUUAAAGUGAAAGGAUAAAUAAAUAUAAUUUUCA